GCUACUCUCGCAGAAAAAAGUCCGGUCUUUGCGUUACCAAUAUGGAAAUGGAAAUCGAAUUCGAAAUAGGUAAUGGCAGUAAGUGUAAAUUUUAACCUAGGGUUAGACGUGCGGUUAGACCGCCAUGAACACCCUAUAUAUUCACACACACACGCGCAUCUACUUGCAGUAGAGAGGGAGUCGUAAUGCGAGCUUGAGAACGGAGGGUUUGAUGAUUCUCUCUUCUGGGUUAGGGUUUAGAGUUGGGUUUUCGAUGUGGUCGUGUUCUUGAUCGCAAUAUUUCUUUCUCUGUUUGUCAUUGUCUUUGUGUUUUUGGCUUUCAAUGGCUCGCGAUGACAACUCUUUCGCUCUCUUGGGCGACAAUGAAGGGGACGAUAUCUCGACCUUUCUCGCCCACGUAGCCUUGAAGGCCGAAGCUUCUUCCGCCACUGCGGAAAAGAAGAAGAAGAAUGAACAGAGCCACCACUCUCACUCUCCUCCGUCAAAACCUCUUCCUCCUCCUCAAUCUGUGAGAACUGAAAGCCGGGGAGGAACAGGAGGCCAAGGUCAUGGUUCAGGGAGGUCUAGUCGGAAUGAUGUGCAGCAGUUUGAGGAGGGCUAUGCAAAUAGUUAUCAACGAAAUAACAGAGGAGCCAAUGUUUAUGAACAGAAUAGUGGUGGAACUGAUAGUUAUGGGAGGUACAAUAGAGGGUUUGAUGGUCCUAGAAGGAAUGGUGGAGUGGAUGUUGGGUAUCAGCAAAGCAUUGGGAAUGCUGAUGGUUAUCAAGGGAGUUAUGGUGGGGAUACUGCUGGGAACACGGAUGAUGGCAAUUGGCAGGGAUGGGUUCAUAAGGGUACGCGUGCGCGUGGGCGUGGACGUGGGGGUGCUAGAGGAAGAGGCUUUGGUCAAGGAAGGGCAUUGAAUGAAGGUAAUGGGUUUGAGAAAGAGAGUCAAUUUGUUGAAGGCAAUCAGCAACUUGAAAAUAAGGAUCAGGGAGGGGGUACUGGUGACGGUUGGGAACAUGUGACUGAGGACCAUUCAAGUUGUGGUGGUGAGAGAAGAGAUAAUGAUGGUGGUGGUGGAGGAUACAAAACUUGGGGGGAUAGCUUCCUUGGUGUCCACAAUGGAAAUAAUUAUGAGGUGAUGAAUACCUCUGGGGCUAAGGAGGCACUUAGCAGUAAUGGAGGUGAUGAUGAUAGUGGGAUCGUAGCUGAAACUACUGAAAUAUCAAAAGAUGCUUUUCAAGAUGCUGCUCAGGAUUCCUCUGGGAAGAAGGCUGAAGAUGAAGAGGCGAAAGAAGCUAUGAGGACCCAAGAGGCAUUGGAAAAGGAAGCUAAAAGGAAGGCCUGGGAGGAAGAAAAAAAGGAAGAAGCAAAGAAAAUGACUCUUGAACAAUAUCAGAAGGUGCUCCUUGAAAAGAGGAAAGCUUUGGAAGCUUUAAAGACAGAGGAAAGGAAGGUCACUCUUGACAAGGAUUUUGAAUCGAUGCAGGUAGUUGGGAAAAAGGCAGAAGACAGCAAGCAGGACUCUGAGAAGGACAAGCUUAAAAAGAAGGAUGACAAAGUUCGCAAGCAGUCAAUGAGCAUUAAUGUGUUCCUAAAACCGGCUGAGGGUGAGGUUGAGAAGUAUGAUAGGCGUGAUAGACGUGGUCGAGGCAGUGGUGGAUACAAUAGAGGAUCUUCGAAUUGGCAAGCAGCUGAUCCUGCAAACAGGGAUGCUCAACCGGAUGGAUUCCAGAAACCAGCUAAGGGUGAGGAUUAUGUUGGGAAUGUUGAUAGGCGUGGUGGUGGACGAGGUGGAUACAACAGAGGAUCUCCGGCUGAUUCAACAAACGGAGAUGCUCGGCGCAAUCAAGUUGUGAAAUGUGUUCCUGCGAUUGAGGAUGCUAAUCAGUUCCCUGGCCUGGGUGCAGCCGUCAAGCCUUGACUUGUGUUCACUCUCUUUUUAUUUUAGUUGAUCGUUUUUUAGCCCUCCUAGUGUAUAUUGCUUGGUAUCUUGGUGGAUUGGAUUCUCUGUUUUGCCCUGGCUAGAUUUUUGACAAAAUUAUAUAUGUUCAGUGACGUGGCCGAAAUUUUGAGUUGGAUACACUAGUGAAAAAAUAAUUUACUGAUCUCAUUUUGUUUGAUUUUUAUUUA